UGUCGUCCCCUCAGAUCCCUGAUGCUCAUGUGUUGCUCCACGCUGACUGCAAUGAGCAGGAGGUGACGUGUGAACUGAGCCGUUACUCUCCUCAUGGACCCCAGGAGGCUCAGGAAGCGACUCAUUUCCUGGUGUCUCUGAGUGUGGAGGGAGGCGAGUUCAGCACUGCGUUCAUUCUGCAGACUUCAGUGGUGGAGAGGGACCAUUCGACCCUCAUUCAAAAUAAACUGGGUCUACGUCUCAGUCCCUCGGGAACUCUUCUCACUGAAGUGAUCUUCCUGGUGUUUUCCCACAUAAAGUCUGUGUCCGCUCCUCUGAGAGGAGACGUUCUCCUGUACUGCGGCUUCAGGCAGCAGGAGACCCCCUUAGCGCAGGAAGUGGCCGUUGAAUGGCGACUGCAGCACCGGGGGAAAGGCUGGAAAGUGUUUGAAAUGAAGACGAGGCUGGAUGAUGCAGAGGGGAGCACAGUGGUGCUGGCAGAAAGGAAGGGUUCGAGCGUGAACGCCUCUCUGGUCGUCGGACAGGGAGACGCCUCGUUGACUCUGUCCCGGCUGAAGGCGCUGGACGAGGGGACGUACAUCUGCACCGUCACCCUCGGGCCUUUCAACGCCCAGCAGGUCAUCCAGCUGCACGUCACUCAACCUCCUGAGGUUUCCCUCUCAGAGGAGAAGUUUGUUUUGAAGACGGACCCGCCCCAGACGCUGAGCUGCCACUGCUCUAAAUAUUAUCCACUGGAUGCUCAGAUGGAGUGGUGGUCCCUCUCUCCUGAGGACUCAGAGCCCAAACUGCUCCUGGAUCAGGGCUCUCUCUCCAGCCACCGGCAGCACGGAGACGGUUCCUACUCCCUGUCCUCUCACCUGUCUGUCCCCUCCAGCGGCUCCCCGGGGACCAGGCUCACCUGCAGGGUGUCCCACCAGGCCCUGGACGCCCCUGUGUCUCUCACUGUUGUGGUAGAAAGUCCAACACAAGGCUCCUACUGGUGGGUCCUGGGUUUCCUGAUCGUCAGCGUGCUGUUCUUCCACCAGGUCAUGACAUAA